AUGUGGAAGAAUUUGAAAGAGAAACAUGCCAGCAAAUUCGGGUCGGCCGCCCCUGUGGCUCCGAAGAAUGACGGCAACCAAGACCUAACUACUAUAUUGAAUCGGUCCCAACGGGCCGACCUGACAAUGCUGGUUGCUGCGAUUCUGGAAUACAUGAGAGCCACAGUUGAGCAGAAUUUUCAUGGUUCACCGUCACAUAGUCAUGAGACCUCUCCUGACCGCAAAGAAAGCGAUUCGGCUUUAAUAUCACAUGAUCAGCAAGGCAACCCGGCCGACCGAUCCGACUUUAAACCCACUGUGCAAGACUUGAAAGCCGAAGCCACCUCGCUCACAAGCUUUGAUGACUGGAGGGACUCGGUUAUCCUUCGAAUUGGUGAAGUCGUUAACAAAACCGAUGGUGAUGAUGAUGAUGAUGAUGAUGAUGAUGAUGAACAGCACGCUAGUACUAGCUCGCAAGCUUCUCAACAACAAGCUCCAGUAGUGCCUGAAGACCAGGGCUCAUUGGAAAAGUUGCGUGAGGUCUAUCCUCCCGUGGAAACUCCGCUCCUUCAGCUUCCAGAAGCCAAAAGACUCUUGAUUCUCCAUUCACUGCUUCUAUUGCUGCUCAGCUUAGAGCAUUAUAAUGCUCGCUCGCGAGUGUUGAUGCUUUACGUCGCAUCUAGUCUACACUUGAAUGUAAAGAUCCUCAAUGGCGAUGAGGUCAAGGUUGCCCGUGUACUACUUGACACUGCCAUUGAGUUAACAAAGAACGCGGAAGCACAGAAUCAUGGCAAGAAAGGUGACUCUUCGAGAAAGUGGAAGGUUGGCAUUGCUUCAGUCGCCGGAGCAGCCCUCAUUGGCAUUACUGGUGGACUUGCCGCGCCCCUAGUUGCAGCUGGGCUUGGAACUGUCUUGGGGGGUAUUGGACUUGGUGCUACGGCAGCUGCAGGGUACUUGGGUGCUCUUGCUGGCAGUGGUGUCAUCGUUGGCGGUUUGUUCGGCGCUUACGGAGGCCGAAUGACUGGGCGCAUGGUGGAUAAAUAUGCCCGUGAAGUGGAGGACUUCGCAUUCCUGCCUGUCCGUGGUUCUCGGCAGAGACCUCGUGAUGAAAAGGAAGCCGCUAAGCAGGAUCAUCGACUACGAGUUACUAUUGGCAUCACCGGUUGGGUUACGGAGGAAGAUAAUUUCGUCGUUCCAUGGCGUGUCAUUGGCGCGGAUUCCGAGGUCUUUGGCCUCCGCUGGGAAACAGAGCCGUUAAUGAAUCUCGGCAAUGCAAUGGAUCUCCUGGUAACAAGUGCUGCAUGGGUUGCCGGUGAGCAAGUUUUGAAGAAGACGUUCUUUGCAUCUCUCUUGAGUGCCGUGGUUCUGCCUUUAGGCCUGCUCAAGGUUGCUCGUGUAGCCGACAACCCUUUCAGUGUUGCGAAGGCCCGAGCUGACAAGGCUGGAGAGGUUCUUGCCGACGCGUUGAUCAACAAAGUGCAGGGCGAGAGAUCUGUCACUCUUAUAGGGUAUUCCUUAGGUUCGCGGGUGAUCUUCUCCUGCCUCCAGAGCUUGGCCAAACGCGGCGCAUACGGCCUCGUGGACUCUGCAAUAUUGAUGGGAUCAGCGACUCCUUCCAAUGCACAACACUGGCGCCGUAUGCGAAGCAUAGUCAGCGGACGGCUGGUUAAUGUUUACUCAGAGAACGAUGCUGUGCUUGCUUUAUUGUAUCGCACCAGCAGUCUUCAACUGGGCGUUGCGGGGCUACAACCCGUCCAAGGCGUAGCCGGUGUUGAGAACUUGGACGCCGGCGACAUCAUCAGUGGUCACUUGCGGUACCAAUUUCUGGUCGGACAUAUUCUCGGCAAGAUCGGACUGGAGAGUAUUGAUGUCCGUGAAGUGGAACGCGAGGAGGCUGCACUGGCCGCCAAGGAUCAGAGACAGGAACAGGAACGGAUCCAAAAUGAGCGCCGGGCAGGUGUUCAAGGCAGUGACUCCGCACAACAGAAGUUGGAGAGCGGCGAGCUGAAUGAUGAGGAAAAUCGCUUGCAGAAGCAGGUCGAAGAGAGGAAACUUGAGCGUCUGCCUUUGCGUCACAAUAAGCCGGGACACCAAGAUCUCCAUUCAGCUCAUGAUGCGGAAAGGGAGUAUAAGAACUGA